AAUGUGAUUAUUGGUCUGAAAAAUGGGACAUUGAUUAAGUUGAAUGCAGAUGAAAGCAUGCAAGAUAACUGUGACUCAUACAGAUGCAAAGUGAAUGAAGAGGAGAAUUUUUGACAGAAAAGCGAACAACACUCUGCAUGCCGUUCGAUGAACAAGGAUGUAAAUCAGGAGGGGGUGAGAAAGUACGUGUGGACAGUUCCUGCUGCUUCACCUGCAAAUACAAGUCAGAGCAGUGCAAAAAAGUAACUCGUUUGAUUAAAGGAUUGUCAAGGAUGACUGUGCAACUGAAGGGGAUGUUGACAUACAUCAUUGUGAGGGGCACUGUCCAAGUAGAUACGCCUACUCCUUGCAGAAGAAUGAGACUGAAAGGGAAUGCACCUGUUGCGCGAGCAACAGCAUCUGCACCCGUUGUGGUGCCUCUGAGAUGUCCGAACGGAACCGUGUGCUACAACACACAGUAGUGGACAUGCAGGAGUGUGGAUGUGUUGCUCAUAAAUGUGAAUGAAUGAAAUGAACACAUCGAAGACAGUAACCGGACCUUUUGAGCAAGAGAUUGUAUUAUUUCAAGUUCAGAAUUGAAUUCCCAGUUUCUUGUUGCUUUACAAAUAAUAUCCAACCUAAUGUUUUCUGCUUCAAAAACAUUCAUUGCAAAUGUGACUAAUUGCAAAUUCUUGCUUUGUUGCUGAAAUAACAGUUCUGAAUUAAUGUCCUAUUGACCAUAUAAACUGCAAUGGUUUCAAAUUUACAUAAAUGAAUGCAAAUAAAACUCAUCUGUAGGGUUGAAC